GAAUAUAUAGGUGUUCACCUCGCCUAAAAUAACUGCUCCAGUCAUAUGAAUGUAACCCUGAUCCGAACGUGACCGGAACGACAGUCAAUAUAAUACGGAUGUUUCAUAUACCUCUUGCUGGCUUAGGACUUUUUAUAGGAAUUUUUGUGGGUUGAUUUUUUUUAUUACUAUCACAAGAAGGAAUUUUAUUUCGUCCCUUCGGUCACGAUAACCAAGAAUAACGGGAGAGUUUGAAAGGCAAAAGUUCGGGUAGUAACGGUAAAACAACCGUUGUUAAACACGCUCAUUGAUAAAAACAUAUAUAUAAUAGAAUAACGUAUUGGAUAAAAAAACGCAAAAAAACACCCUAAACAAUGUAUGAUACCAGCUAUUAACGUUCCUAUUUCCAUUAUUUAAGCCAUCGUACCUCAGUCUCGGCGUCACACUAUUGUUUGGUUAUUACCCAGUAUCGAGUUCCAUACACCAAACAACCUGUAUCGCCAUAGACACAAUGUAAUCGAAUAUUGAAUCGAUUCUUAGCUUUCUUUACCAAUGAACGUUUGUUGAACGAUUGUACCUUGAGCCUGUUUAAGUUUGAGGGGAAUAUUUGUAUGUGUUGCAGACAUUACCAGUAAUCGAGAAUAUAUAAAUACUUUGAAUCUACUCAAGUUUUAGCCUGUUCAAGGAAUAAUUGUAUAACAGGGUGGGGAAAGAUGGGACACCUUUUCACUCUAUGUUGUCGUCAUAUUUGGUAGUAAACGAAGACCAUUUAAAGAAUUAUAAAACCGUAUCCUCACGACCCCCAUAGGUCGUUGUUACUUGUUUAAAAAACGAUCGGGAUAUUUGGAUAUUAUGUGCUAAAAGUUCCCAUCUUCCCCCAUCCUACCAUAUGUAUAGAAUUUAUUUAAAAGCUUGAGUAUAUUAUAAGGUUGUGACACGAAAUGAGCGACCUCCACAGUUGUGCAUGGAAUGUUAUGGUGUCAGCCAACAAGAGAACGGAACUUAAAUACAGGAACGUUCAUCCAGCUUUGAAAUGCUGCCUGGGAUGUAAACAGAAAGUUGUGGAUAGGAGUAUACGACAGAAAAUAAAGAAACAAACGACGUUGUUGGAAAUAAUGAGCGAUGAUUAUGAGGGCUUUCAGUUUCAAAGCAUCGCCGACUUAACGUUUUUGCCGCAGUCAGAUUUCGUUGUUGCAUCAGAAUUCGCAACUGUCAAUCAUCCAAACGGAAGGGUUACUGUGUUUGGGCAAAAGGGAGAAGUUAAAAUAACUUUUCCACCUCAAGAUCGAGGCAAAGACAUCACACUUUACGGCGUAACAAGCAUUGGAAACAGCGACGAACAUGUUGCAAUCUGCACAGGUGAUGGCGUUUCAGUGUGGACGGUGGAUGGGCGUAUCGUGUCUUAUUUAACGCAUGCUACCGUCCAUAACUGCUGUCAUGUUGCUUCGCUCAAAAACGGAUUACUUGCCACAACUUGUAUGACCGAAUACGAAGAUAGAUUGGUGACGAUAUGGGACCCAAGGAACGGCAGAAUUACUUCACAGUUCGGGUCGCGACCAAAAGUUCUAGAAGUUAACCCUCUUAAACAGCUUCAACGAAUUUUAGUCAGAGACAAAGAUAUUCGUCUACCUUGGUUCAUUGCCGCCGAUUCAGAAUUAAACGUUCAUAUAUCUGAUCGUACAUCACAAUGUGUAAAGGUAUUCGACUCGAGGAACGGAAGAUACGAACGUCGCUAUGAUGUUGCCGGAGUAAACAACCGCUGUAGGAAAGGCAGUUUGCUUCCUCAAGGAAUAUGUAUGGAUGAAGACGACAACGCCUUUGUUGUAAACGAUCUGACAAAUACGGUGGCUAUUUUUGACAAACACGGUGAACAUGUUCGCGACCUCAGCAUGGAAGAAUCGUCGCCGAAAGAAAGCAAAAUGUGGUCACUGGCGCUUAGUAAAUACGACAAGGUACAAUUUCCGCAAAGCGUUUUGGUGAGAAACCAAAUGAUUUCCCCGGCUCGUAAGAUUGCAUUGUCUAUGUCUAGACGAAAACCUCAGGCCUUUGUAUAUAAUCUCAGCUUUUGCAAGCAUUACUCGAUUGGGUUUUAACAGAAGAUGCGUUUAAACGUUACCCAGUAACGCAUUGUAAACACUGCUAGCAAAUAAAGACCCUUUACCUAUAA